AUGAUGGGCUCCGUGCUCCCGGCUGAGGCCCUGGUGCUCAAGACGGGGCUGAAGGCGCCGGGACUGGCGCUGGCCGAGGUCAUCACCUCCGACAUCCUGCACAGCUUCCUGUACGGGCGCUGGCGCAACGUGCUGGGCGAGCAGCUCUUCGAGGACAAGAACCACCACGCCAGCCCCAAGACAGCCUUCACCGCCGAGGUCCUGGCGCAGUCCUUCUCCGGCGAGGUGCAGAAGCUGUCCAGCCUGGUGCUGCCCGCAGAGGUGAUCAUCGCACAGAGCUCCAUUCCAGGCGAGGGCCUCGGCAUCUUCUCCAAGACGUGGAUCAAAGCGGGCACGGAGAUGGGCCCCUUCACUGGCCGAGUCAUCGCCCCGGAGCACGUGGACAUCUGCAAGAACAACAACCUAAUGUGGGAGGUGUUCAAUGAAGAUGGCACGGUGCGCUACUUUAUCGACGCCAGCCAGGAGGACCACCGGAGCUGGAUGACCUACAUCAAGUGCGCUCGUAACGAGCAGGAGCAGAACCUGGAGGUGGUCCAGAUUGGCACCAGCAUCUUCUACAAGGCCAUUGAGAUGAUCCCUCCCGACCAGGAGCUGCUGGUGUGGUACGGGAACUCACACAACACCUUCCUGGGGAUCCCCGGUGUGCCCGGGCUAGAGGAGGAGCAGAAAAAGAACAAGCAUGAGGACUUCCACCCGGCGGACUCCGCGGCGGGCACCGCGGGCCGCAUGCGCUGCGUCAUCUGCCACCGCGGCUUCAACUCGCGCAGCAACCUGCGCUCGCACAUGCGCAUCCACACGCUGGACAAGCCCUUCUCAGAAUUUCCUUAG